AUGACAGAAUUUGUUGAAGACAUCAAGAAGGACGGUGCCAUCACCGUCCACGACCCCAUCUCCAAGAAGAACCUGGCCUCCUCCAUCGACGACCAAAUGGACGAGUACGUCAGCAAGUUCCUCGACAUGUCCAACGAGGCCAAGUCCAACGACCACAAGGAAAGAAACAUGUCUUUGGGCGAGGGUUUGAGAACCUUCCCCAAGGCCGUGAUGUGGUCCAUCAUCUUGUCGUCUGCCUUGGUCAUGGAAGGUUACGACACCAAUCUUUUGAACUCCAUGUACGGUUUCGACGCUUUCAACAAGAAGUUCGGAGACUUCUACCCAAGUCUUGGAACCUACCAGAUCCCUGCCAAGUGGCAGACCGCCUUGUCUAUGGGAUACCAGAGUGCCUCCAUCAUCGGGUUGUUUGUGUCUGGUAUCAUUGCCUCGAGAAUCGGGUACAGAAAGACCUUGAUGACUGCCUUGAUUACUUCCGUCGGAUUAAUUUUCAUUCAAUUUUUCGCACCAAACAGAGAGGUGCUUUUGUUGGCCUACGUCUUGUUGGGUAUUAACUGGGGUGCUUACCAGACCUUGGCUGUGACCUACGCCAGUGAGGUUGCGCCUACGACGCUUAGAGUCUAUCUUACUACUUACGUCAAUGUGUGUUGGGUUUUCGGUCAAUUAAUUUCCUCGGGUGUGCUUAAAGGUGUCACUCAGAUGAAGUCCGACAACGCUUACAGAAUUCCAUUUGCUAUCCAGUGGAUCUGGCCCAUUCCUUUGUGUCUAGGCGUGUUCCUUGCUCCUGAAUCCCCUUGGUACUUGGCCAAAAAGGGACGCGAUGAGGAAGCCAAGCAGUCCCUUAAGAGACUUCUUACUGAGAACAAGCACUUGCCUGACAAGGACGUUUUGGCCCAGGCCAUGUUGACCAAGAUCCAGUUGACCAUCAAGGAAGAAGAAGCCACCUCUGCCAAGGCUACCUUCAAGGACUGUUUCACUGGUACUGACUUCAGAAGAACUAGACUCGCAGCCAUCACCUGGUUAUGGCAAAACAUCACUGGUUCCGCUUUCAUGGGUUACUCCACCUACUUCUACAUCCAAGCUGGUUUGUCCACUGACAACUCGUUUACCUUCUCCAUUGUCCAGUACGUCUUAGGUAUUGCUGGUACUGUUGGCUCGUGGUUCCUCUCGCAAAAGGUGGGUAGAUUCCCCAUCUACUUCGGUGGUUUGUGUGGCCAGUUCAUCAUUCUUAUCAUUGUCGGAGCUUUGGGUGCCGCCAACCCAUCUGGAGGCUCUUGGGGUAUUGGUUCGUUAUUGUUGGUCUACACCUUUGUCUACGACUUGACUGUGGGACCAAUGACUUACUGUAUUGUCUCGGAACUUCCAUCCACCAGAUUGAGAAUUAACACCGUCAUGCUUGCUAGAAACCUUUACAACCUUGCUGGUAUUGUGGUGGCCAUCAUCUCGCCAUACAUGUUGAACCCAACUGCCUGGAACUGGAAGGCCAAGACCGGAUUCUUCUGGGCUGGUUUCUGUUUGAUUGCCAUUGUCUGGUCGUGGUUCGAAUUGCCAGAAACCAAGGACAGAACCUACGCAGAAUUAGACCACUUGUUUAGACUCAAGAUCAAGGCCAGAGACUUCAAGAACACCGAGGUCGACGUUUUCGAUGCCGGUAAGUUGAUGGAGAAGUUUGGUGAAGACGGUAUCAGAAAGUUCGUCGAAGAAAAGAAGAGAGAGGAGGCCGUUCUUGACGACGAGAAGGCCUAG